AUGGAUCCAAACACACAACAAGCCCCCAACCUUGAGAACAAGGGCGGGCAUCGCUUCGACCCUAACUUCACCGAUGCUGUCAUCAACGCCAUGGGACCUGCAGUGCCAGACCGGACACGAUUUGUUAUGGGCAAGCUGAUCAGACAUCUUCAUGACUUUAUUCGUGAAGUCGAGUUGACCAACGACGAGUGGUUUGAGGGUGUACGAUUUGUCAACUCCAUUGGCAAAACCACCACCAACACCAGGAACGAGGCGCACCGUAUCUCUGACGUCCUCGGCGUAGAAUCACUGGUCGAUGAGAUCGCCCACAUGCACAUUAACGAGUCUGGCGAGACACCUACUUCCUCAACGAUUCUCGGUCCUUUCUGGUCGCCACACUCGCCAUUCCGCCCACUUGGCGAUACCAUUGUCCGAAACCCCCACCCCGAUGGCCAGACCACUCUCAUGCACGGCAAGGUCAUUGACCUAGACACCAAGAAGGGCAUCCCCAACGCCGUCAUCGAUAUCUGGCAAGCGAGUGCCAACGGAAAGUACGAUUUCCAGGACCCUGACAACCAGGAGCCAAACAACCUGAGGGGAAAGUUCACAACAAACGAGAAUGGCGAGUACUGGUACUACUGCUACAAGCCCACAGCGUACUCGCUGCCUACCGAUGGCGCUGCUGGUCAGCUGUUCAAGACCCUCGACCGCCACCCUUUCCGCCCCGCUCACAUCCAUCUCAUGGUUUCAGCAGACAACUACAAGCCUUUGAUUACUCAACUAUACCCCCGCGAUGACCCAUACGUCACCAACGACACCGUCUUUGCUGUCAAGGACGACUUGCUUCUCGACUUUGAGCCCAGCAAAGACCCCAAGGCCAAGCUCGACCUGACAUACAAUGUCACGCUUGCACCAUCUGGCAAGAAGUCGACCAGACUCGAGGUCCAGCCCCCCUUUCAUCUGGUCAUGCACCUCCGUCAAUUCAACUUUCCACGUCCUCUAUCUCGUGUCUGCUUACCCAUAACCUGCUCACGGGCCCUUACUUCGUCUGCCGUACCCAAAAUGCGUGUCCCGUAUGCCCCCAGCGAACCUCCAAAUGAAGAGGCGCGUCCCAUCUACGAGCGCAUCGCCGAGCGACGAAAGCCCCGCCCCCUCAUUCCUCUUGAUCUCGCGCUCCUCCACAACCCCGCCGUGGCAGACGGCUGGAACUCGUUCGUCGGCGCCAUCCGCACCAAGACCAGUCUCCCGGACACAAUCAAGGAGCUUGCGAUCAGCCGAGUAGCAGUACACAACCAUGCAGUGCACGAAUGGGAUAUCCACGCCGCGCUUGCACUCAAAGCUGGCGUCUCAAAACAGGUGCUGCAAGCCGUCUUUGACCUACCUGUGACCAAGCAUGGAAUGGUGGCGAAGGAGGCGCCUGCUGGGUUCAGCAGUGAAGAGUAUGCAGUCAUAGUAUACACCGAUCAAAUGACGGUUGGGGUACAGGUUGAGGAUGAGGUCUCUGAAAUGGUCAAGCGGGUACUGAGUGACACCAUGGUUGUAGAGUUGACGGCCACCAUUGCAGCAUACAAUGCCUCGCGCAUUCGUCCUACCCUCAUCACCACUGCGCAACGCUACGCAUCCACGAAGCAUCCCCAGAAUUUCACACCACCCACACAGUCCGACCUCGAUGAGCUCCGCGAAUCGGUUCGUGAGUUCGCCCGCCGUGAGAUCCCAGAGGAAUUCGCAGCGCAAACAGACCGCCAAAAUGCUUUUCCCAACGAUAUGUGGCAGAAGUUUGGUGAAGCAGGCUUCCUGGGUAUCACGGCCGAUGAGGAGUUUGGCGGUCUAGCAAUGGGAUAUCAAGCACACUGUGUCGUCAUGGAGGAGCUGUCAAGAGCGAGCGGAAGCAUUGGGCUGAGCUAUGCCGCCCAUAGCCAGCUUUGUGUCAACCAGCUGAUGUUGAACGGAAACGCCGAGCAAAAAAAGAAAUACCUACCUGGAUUGAUCAGCGGCGAACAGAUAGGAGCCUUGGCCAUGAGUGAACACGGUGCGGGAAGUGAUGUUGUAAGCAUGAGGAUGGCUGCAAAAGAGGUGGAUGGUGGCUAUUUGCUCAACGGCACGAAGAUGUGGAUUACCAACGGACCUGAUGCUCAUACCAUCGUUGUUUAUGCUAAAACUGUUCCCGAUGGAGCUAGCAAAGGCAUCACAGCUUUCAUUGUCGAAACAUCAUCCAAGGGUUUCAGCGUGGCCAACAAACUUGACAAGCUCGGCAUGCGCGGUUCCAACACGGGCGAGCUCGUUCUCGAUGACGUCUUCGUCCCCAAGGAGAACGUGCUAGGCGAGGUCAAUCGUGGUGUCCGCGUACUGAUGGAGGGUUUGGAUCUCGAGCGACUUGUUCUUUCGGCUGGUCCCUUGGGUCUCAUGCAAGCCUCGCUUGAUAACGUUCUGCCAUACACACACCAGAGGAAGCAGUUCGGCCAACCUAUUGCGCACAACCAACUCAUCCAGGGUAAACUGGCAGACAUGUACACGAAGUACAGGGCGUCGCAGUCUUUCACAUACAGCGUUGCACGCGCUGUCGACGAGUCACACGCCAGCCCGAAUAUCAAGACGCAGGACUGCGCAGGCGCGAUUCUGUAUGCCGCUGAGAGGGCGAGUGAGGUCGCAGCCGAUGCCAUCCAGCUAAUGGGUGGUAUGGGAUACAUGAACGAGGUACCUGUAGGAAGGAUACUGAGGGACGCCAAGCUUUACGAGAUUGGAGCUGGAACUAGUGAGGUCAGGAGAAUGGUUAUUGGAAGGGCAUUCAACAAGGAAUACAAGCAGGAGAUAUGA